GCGUUCCGAUUGGUUUAAUGUUUACAGCGAAAUAUGUCGCCGCUAAAAAGUAGGAACUGUUUCUUCGAGGUGAAUUUUUGAAAGCAAAAUCAAAACAAACAAAACUGGUGUCAUUCUCAGAUACAUUCCGGCGAAUUCGUUGUGUCCAAUUCGCAUCAUAAAAACAGUCCACCACGAUAUCGAGGGUCAUAGCAAAAGGUGAUAUUUGGCGCUUUAUUAUUUUUAAAAAAAUCAUAAUGGCACUCCAUAAACACCGAUAAUGGCGGAAGAAGCACUGGGAAGUGGUUGACAAUCAUUUUUUUUCCUGUAGCGACUCGGGAGACUGUUUUUUAUUUACUGAGUUUCUGAGGGCGAAUAUCAUCUCCGUAGCUGAUAAACAAUGAUUGCCCAAAAGAUGAGAGAAAGGCGUGUGAAGAUGGAGAAGCAAAUUAGAGGACAGCCUUCAUCAGAUGCAGAAGAUAACUCAACGAGUUCUCAGACGCCAAUGAUUUCUGUGCAAAAUACUAAUGCAAUGUCAGCGGAGGACGAUUCCAAAGAUAUGAUGACAGCAUUGCAAACUCGAAGAAUGCAGCGAUUUGAAGAGAUAACAAAUGAUGAUCCAAUGUUUGGUGAAGAAAAUAAUCAGCAGAAAAGCAUGCCUGUGCAAUUGGCAUCGCGUCAAGAUAGUGGAAGCAUAGAAGGCGGUCUUUCACGCACAACAUCAGCUGGAAGCAGUACGUUAAACAUGUCCAUAAGAGAGCGUUUGCGAAGUCGUGUCAAAACAUCGGCUACAGAUCCAAACACACUAAAUCGAAAAUUAAGAGGACUUCGAGAUCGUGCUCUUCCAAACAGAUUUGAAGAAUCUAAUAAAUUUCAACCAGUUGAAGAAGAACUUGAUCCAUAUUUGCAGCAAAGUAUUGCAACUACUAAGGAAUGGAAAAAGUUAAAGUUUAAAAAGGGAAGAGAACUGGGAUUUGUAACAGAAGAAGAAGCCUUUCAAUUUUUUGUUGGUGAAAUCGAUGAAGAGCUAGAUCCUGAAGGGGCUGAGAAAAUUACAUCACCAACACCUCCAGCAGUUGCUAUCGAUAUGGAAGACUCCUUUUUAAUAUACAAUGCCAAACCAGCAUAUGUGGGAUCUAAGGAACGACAAGAAAUUGAAAGUAAAUUGUAUCACCACCCUUCUUCCCUUCCAGCUCCACGAGAAUCAAAAGUUCCAGCUGGUAUCCUUCCAAGGAACCUGGAAGAAGAAGGAUUUUAUGUGGGCAAUGCACCUCCUGUUUCACGUAGUAGUCUCAGUCGGAUGGAGAACAGAAUAAUUGCUAGUGAUCCAGGAGAUACAAGUUGGUUUGAUGAAGAUGGAAACCUUAAGCGUUUCCCUAAUCCAUUAAAAGAACAACCUGUAAGACUAAUGAUGCCUGACGAAAUGGAUCUUGAUCCUCUGUUACAAUUAGAUUGGCAAAAGGCACAGUUCUCAUCAUUGGACACACGUUAUAUUGAUGAGCAAGGGAAUGUUCACUACCAACUUGAUGUUGACAUAUCCAAUAUAAAAUUCACUCAUCAGUCUUUAUUCAGUCGUGAGCAUGUUCUGGAAUCACAACUGACUCAGCUGCAUAACCAUUAUUUAGUGCGAAAAAAAAGUGGAUUGGUGGAGCAUCUUGAGAACAAACUUGAAGCUCUACGAACAGCAUUAAAACAACUGAAUAAUGAGACUGAAAGCAUAAAAAGUCGUCAAAGUAAACUGCUAACUGAACAACAUAAGAAACGCAUGAGAGAAUUUCAACUUGAGAUCAGAGAGAUACAUUUAAAUAAAGAAAACAACGAAAUUCAGGAAAGAACACUUUUAAUGAAUUUAUUGAGAACAUGGCGGAAGAUAAAGAUGCUGCGAGAAAGUCAAAACUUUGUAAACACAAGCGUUACAAUAAAAGUUAGGAAAGAACUGUCGAAUAGAACAGAUGAUGAAAAGAAUAUUGAAAUGGAGAUUCAGGAACGUCUACAAGGUGAAAGAGCAUUGUUUGAAGAGCAACAUGUAGAAGAUAAACAAAAUUACAAAGCACAAUUGUUGAAGUGGAAGCAGUAUCGGAAAUAUAUGAAAAGGAAGCAACAGAAAGCUAACACAGAAAAUGAAUUAAUGCCAGAAAUUCCAGAAGUUUUAAAGCCAGAACCACCACCGUCUUUUGACCAGAAAGAAACCGAAAAAAAUAUAAGAGAACAUAUCUUCCAAUGUAGAAGAAAACCAGGAGAAGCAAUUUUAGUUCCAGAAUUGCAAACAGGUGCUGUUAUUACACCCAAUGGAGAAUGUCCUAGACAAGAACAGAUACGCAGAUCAGCAAUGAAAAGCGCAAAGUACAUGAUUAAAGUUUUGUUUAACGAUUUAGAAGUGUCGAGAACUGCAACCAGGCCACUCACAGCAGAUUUCAGUGUUCAAUUUGGUGAGAUUCUAAGUAUCAAAAUUUUACAGUGGCCAGAGAGUAUCAAACUACAGAUCUACGAUGGAGUGACAACGAAUCUCCUAGCAGAGCUUUUCGCACCAAUUCCUGACGCGAGUUCGUUUUCAUCUGCUGACACGUUGAAUUUAGAUGGAUUAGAGUUUAGUAGUGAUAAGAUUAUUCAAUAUAGACACGAGGGCGUAGGCUCUGGUAUUCCUGUUGACUUGAGUUUGGGUACUGAAGGUGAAGUACCAAUCAUACCUCUAACAUCAGGUAUCCUGUAUAUCGCAACCAGCUGGGGUGUGGAUGAAAAUGGUAAAAACAUGGCACCUCCAGUUGUAUGUGACAGUAGUCAUGCUGCUAUUAGCUCUGCAAGACACCACGACGCUUUGGCCGCGUUGGGUGCAGCUGGAAUGGUCGAUUUGCAAAAACUGCUGUCGUGGAUAAGUCAUGCAAAGUUAGAUCCAAACGAUCCAUCCAACGCAGACAUCAUAAACUUAGCGAAGAUGGCACAGAUGUCGCAACUCGAUGACAUCAAAGGUCCUCAAUUUUUUCGCCUGAACCAACUCGAAGAAGAAACUCAGUUCGCAACUAAGGAAGAACUUGAGCACAACAAGCGCUUCCGUUUGAUCAAACUGCGCGAUCAAGGUGUACCGGAGCUCAAACAUUUCCAAAUGAUUCCCACGGAUGAAAGAUAUAUAUCUGAUGACGUUUUCGAGGAGUAUGAAAAACGUCUGAAUAUGGAUAACGAAGAACAAGAUGAAGAAUAUUCGCAAAGAAAAGCUGUCGCAAAGUUUCUUGCCAAGGUUCGACAACAAGUCCACUCGCGUUCUCAACUCGCGAAACGUCAUCUUGAUCUUGAAGAUAUUGUGGUCGAAGAAGACAUUCCAGACAUAGGAACUCUCGGCGCACGAAUUGCUCAGAUGACCGAACCGCGUAGGCCGUUAAAACCAAUAAGGAAAGAAAGAAAAAAGAUUGGUGGUCAGAAUUUAGCAGCAGUGAAAGAUGUCCAUCUUUUGAUCAAUAUCGUGCGUGCAUUUGAUGUUCCCAUCCGUAUCGACGAUACUAGCAUGCAACAGCCCACAGCUGGCUACAAUGUGGCAACAUCACAAGUAAAGUCUUUGGUACGGCCUUUUAUUGAAGUUAUGUUUCAAGGGAAUUUCCUUCGUACAACAGUUGCUGAAGGUGCUUUUCCAAGUUGGAACGAAGAUUUAAUACUUCCCUUUAAGCCGCCGAACAACGAUUACACAACCGACUCACUACAAAUGGUAAAAGAUAAAAUAUAUGUGAACCUGUUUGAUGAAGUUGUCGUUGAUAUGUUGGUGGAUGACCGACUGCGUCCGACAAACAUUCAUCAUCGCAUUGAGAAGAGAUGGCUUGGUAGUGUUGAAAUACCAUUCUCUACAGUUUACUUUAACUCAAAGGUCGAAGGAUUUUUGCAAGUGAAUUCGCCAUCCGUUCUUCUUGGUUACAAACGUGGAGACAAACAAAACAAUUUGAACCUCAUACAAGAUCGGACGCUCGUACAAAUGUUCGUUACAAUUGAACCGCAGCUACAACCGGCUCCACCCAUGCCGGAAAAGUUUGAAACAAGUGAAAACGAUAUGCUUGUGCACAAUUCUCAGGUGUGGCUGUCUGCACUGCGGGGUAAACAUCCGAAACGCGAAUUCAAAACAAUGGUAUCGGACAUCGAUGGAAAGAAAGUGUUUUUGACCCGAUAUCUUUACGCGCAACAGCCGCCUAACGAACUUAUACUUAAUAAUGAUGUGGAUAUUUUUAAGAAGUGCAAACUUUUGGCUCGAUUUGUCUCGCUCAUUCCUUACGUAGCUGAUUCCGUGCAGUUUCCAGACCUCUGUGAUAUAUGGGCAACGUCAGAUCAAUUUCUUCAAAUGUUGGCUGGUGACGAAGAAGAACAUGCUGUACUACUGUGCAAUUAUUUUCUCUGGCUUGGUGUAAAGUCGUAUUUAAUUCUUGGGCAAGGUAUUCCUGAAGGUUCCACGGCGUACGUUCUAACUCAAGAGGGUACGUCGCAUCGAUUAUGGAAUGCUAGCACUGGAGAAAGCUACGAAGCGCAAGAUGUACACUCUCCAUUGCAGAGCAUAGGGUGCUUAGUUGACGAUACAAACAUCUAUGGUAACAUUCAGUCCGAGGAACAUCCUUCGAAAUUGAUUUUUAACCCAGCUAACACCAAAUGCUGGAAACCUUUUUUCAGUAAAGCGUAUCCCAACCCGGGAUUGGCUUCAAUCCAAUCGGACAGACUGAACUACAUUCCUGUCGACGCACAGUUUGCGAUUAACCUCGAAGACAGGUUGGAAAGACUGCUUCGUGAUAAAUUAAUGGAAUGGCGGCCCCGAAAUAUUACAAAAUUUAACAGAUACUGUUCGCAAGCCUUUAAGAACCUACUUCUAACAAUCGAAACGAAGACCGUGUUGUCAGGUGCUUCUUCCGAUGAGCAUCGAAGUCAACUUGGCCAAGUUUUAUCUUCCCAUCAGCUGACUGGCUUUCCACUGCACAUGCCGUACACAGACAACGAAGCCGUGGUUGAACGCGUAUUCAGUACUGGUGUACACAAAUCUGAAGACGCAGAUGUCGAGUUUGCUCUGGCGGUUCAUAUACACCCAUAUCCAAACAGUGUGAUGGUUGUUUGGAUAUACAUUGGUAGUUUGAUUCGCAAAGCGAGUUAAUUUUUGUUGAUAUUUGCAUAAUUGCCUUAUAAUUGAGAGAUCGCCUUAUUUUCUUGAGUUACGUCUGCUUAAAGAUAAAUUUUUAAUUGUAUAUAUAUAUGUAAAAUUUGUAUAUUUAUUUCAGUCACAAAUAAUUUUAUAAAUAUUAUUUAUUAUUUAUAAAAAUAAAUUUUGAAAAUUACGGAGUCUGAUUUUUAGAGAUUUGGUACAGCAGAAUAUAACAUACCUUGAUUCCUUAGCUCUCUCCCUUCAUUUAGCCCCCAAAGUAAGAGCUCCCAGGGGUAAGAGUAAUAAUAAAUAAAGGAAAGAUCGACCCAGUUGUUGUUCCUGGGGGAUACAAAGUUUAUACUAGCUCCCGCUGUGUCAUGGAAUAAACUUAAAAAUGAGUAAUUGAGAGAAAUGUACAAUAAAUGGUUUUUAGAUAAUUUAUUUACAAUCGCUCAUCAAGAAAAUAUUCUUUAUGGGCAGAAACUUUCGCGUGCACUAACUUUCGCGUUUCUCGCCCUUUUUUACGCGAAAUCAUAGCCAAUUUUCAAAGACCCCUUCCUGAAAUUUGUUGUUAUCAAAAAAAUUAACUCU